AUGGCGAUUCUUCUAUUUUCGCUGGUAGCUCUCGCUCUCGCUCUUCCUGCGGUCGCACAACAACAGCAAGUGUGGGGCCAAUGCGGUGGUAAUGGCUGGACGGGACCCACUUCUUGCGUCUCCGGCACAACAUGCGUGAAACUCAAUGACUGGUACUUCCAAUGCCAGCCCGGCGGCCCAGCCACAACUGCCGUUCCUCCUCCUCCUCCUGCUACAACCGCUCCUCCCGUCUCUACCCCUCCAACCUCACCCCCUGCUACAACCACCAUCGGCUCUACUCCACCAACAGCGCCAGGAAGUUGUCCUUCCCUCCCCGCCACGAUCAACCUCGUUGCCAACUCAAAGCUCCCUGAUCCAUUCAAAUUCGUCGGCGGCACCCGCGUCGCCAGCAAGGACGACUGGGCGUGCCGUCGCGAGGAGAUCAGUCAACUCUUCCAGCGCUACGAGCUCGGCACGCUCCCAGGCAAGCCCGAGAGCGUUACCGGCUCGUACUCGGGCGGGCGACUCACCAUCAACGUAUCCGACCAGGGCAAGUCCAUCUCCUUCCAGGUGUCCAUCAGCACCCCGAGCUCCGGCACUGCACCGUAUCCCGCCAUCAUCGCCAUCGGGGGCUCGUCCAUCCCCACCCCCGCAGGUGUCGCGGUCAUCACGUUCAACAACGACGACAUGGCUGCGCAACAGAGCUCUGGCUCGCGCGGUCAGGGCAGAUUCUACACUUUGUACGGCAGCGGCCAUUCCGCUUCGGCGAUGAUGGCGUGGGCGUGGGGUGUCUCAAGGGUCAUCGACGCGCUCGAGACGACGUCCGGACUGCCGAGCCUCAACCUCCAGCGGCUCGCGGUCACCGGCUGCUCGCGCAAUGGCAAAGGCGCACUGGUUGUUGGCGCGUUCGAGCCCCGCAUCGCGCUCACAAUCCCACAGGAGUCCGGCUCCGGCGGUGCAGGGUGCUGGCGCAUUUCCGACAAGAUGAUGUCGAAUGGGAUCAACACCCAGACGGCGUCGGAGAUCGUUGGGGAAAAUGUGUGGUUCUCAACGGCGUUCGAACAAUACGUGAGGCAGAUCCCCGUGCUGCCAUUCGACCACCACAUGCUUGCGGCGCUCGUCGCACCUCGCGCGCUGCUCAUUAUCGACAACACCGGCAUCGACUGGCUCGGUCCUCAGUCAGUUUGGGGCUGCAUGAAGACUGCGAACAAGGUUUGGCAGGCCCUUGGCGUUGCUGAUUCCAUGGGCGUCUCGCAAGUCGGAAACCAUGAUCAUUGCCAGUUCCCCGGAAGCGAGCAAGGCGACCUCGACGCGUUCGUCAACAAGUUCCUCAAGGGCCAGUCUACCAAUAGCAACGUCAUUAAGACCGAUGGUGCCAAUGGGCUUGGUUUUGUCGACGCCGACUGGAUCGACUGGACCGUGCCAACGCUCUCGUGA